UUUUUUUUUUUCUUUUUUUGUUUCAUUGACCCUUUUUUUUUUUAAUAUCAUAUUAUAAUAAACAUCUUUUUUGAUCUGGCUCUUCCUUAUGGAACGUACACUUACGAUUGAUUUGCCAGUGGAACAAGUUGCGAAAGUGGUAAAACGACAUCUUGUUUAUCCACAAGUUUCUUUACCUCCUUUAACUUCUCUCGGGAAUGAGUCUUCUAUGAUACCCUGUCCACCACGAAAUACGAUGUCUUCUCAUAACAAUAAACAACCACAAGGAGAAGAAGAAGAAGAAGAAGAAACUUACAAUACCCAUCACCUUUUAUCCAGUGGUUCUAUAUUAGAUGACAUUUACAAAUGGACUGCUCAUGUCGAACACUUGGAACAACGACGACAACGUACUCAAUCUAUCUCUUUACCAGCAACACGAACACCUACUGUUGAUCCUCUUCUUUUAUCCCUCAAACAACCUGGUGGAUUUCGUCGAUAUUUUGUACUUACCAAGGCUGCGAAACAAGGAAAAAGACCUCCUAAUUUUGUUACUAGUAGUUUUGUGGAAUUUCUAUGUUUAUAUGGUCAUUUUGGUGGUGAAGAUCUUAGUGAUACCGACGAUUCUACUUCUGAUGAUGAUGAUGAUGACGAUGAUGAUGUUGAUAACUAUGAUGUCGAUAUUAACAACAAUCAAUCAAAUGGAUCCAGUGAUUCUGGUAGUUAUAGAGGUAGUAUACAGGUCGAUGAACAUAACAAUCAUCAUCAUCAACAACAACAAUAUUAUUCAGCGCACGAACAAGAAGAAGGAAAUGUGAUGGCUUAUCGUGGUCCUUUAUUACAUCAUGCUUCGUUAUCAUCCCUCUCUCACAAAAACAAUCAACAAAAACAAAAACAACCCUAUGGUACUACUUCAUUGACUUCUCCACCAUCUGAUACACAAAGAAGAAAAAGUUCAUCAUCAACAACAACAACAACAAUCAAACAACCAACUUGGGUAGGCACUUCAUCAUCAGCUUUACCAUUUCCUGUUUCAACAUUGAAAAAUGGGGAUCAUCAUCAACCGUUACAGUACCGUCAUUUGCACGCACGUGAAACCAUGCCACUACUUUCUAGAUCAAGACCUGGACAUACUCUUCAAGGAAAAGCAACUCCCGGAAAAGCUAUGUUUUUAUUAUUAAAAUCAUUUGUUACAACAGGCAUCAUGUUCUUACCUAAAGCGUUUGAAAAUGGUGGAUUACUCUUCUCUAUUUUUGCAACCAUUGCUUGGGCACUGAUUUCAUUAUGGUCUUUUUUAUUAUUGGUUCAAACAAGGUUGGUGAUUCCUGCUAGUUUUAGUGAUAUGGGUAGUGUCCUUUAUGGUCCCAAGAUGCGUAUGGCGGUACUGAUAGCUAUCACUUUAUCUCAGAUCGGUUUUGUUUGUGCGUAUAUGGUAUUUGUGGCCGAGAAUCUUCAAUCCUUGGCAUUAACAUUUUCAAAAUGUCGAUUAAUGAUUCCUAUGCAUUUAUUGAUCCUUGCGCAAAGCUUUGCGUUUAUUCCUUUGGCCAUGAUUCGCAAGAUCCAACGUCUCUCGGUGUUUGCCUUGAUUGCUGAUGUAUUUAUUGUUAUUGGUCUCAGCUACUUAUUCUAUUAUGAUGUCAAAGAAUUAUCAACGGUUGGUGUGGCGGACACUGUAUCAUUAUGGAACUCUAUUCAUUUUCCUUUGUUUAUUGGUACGGCCGCUUUCACAUAUGAAGGCAUUGGAUUAGUGAUCCCUAUUACUGAAUCUAUGAAAGAACCUCAACAAUUCCCUACCGUUUUACGACGUGCUUUAUUUAUUAUCACAUGUUUAUUUGUAUCCAUGGGCGCUCUUUCUUAUAUGACUUUUGGUGAUCAAGUACAAACUAUUAUUUUACUCAAUCUACCGAGUAAGGAUCCUAUGGUAUCAUCCAUUCAAACAUUAUAUUCUUUGGCCAUCUGUUUAUCGAUUCCUCUUCAAUUAUUCCCUGCUAUUCGAAUCAUGGAAAAUGGAUUAUUUACUACACGAUCUGGCAAAAAUAAUGCAGUAGUCAAAUGGCAAAAGAACGUAUUCCGAGUAUUCGUUGUUUUCCUUUGUGCAUGGAUUGGGAUUGUUGGUUCUAAGGACAAGCUGGAUAAAUUCGUUCCUUUGAUUGGUUCUUUAUUUUGUAUUCCAUUAUGUUUUGUGUUCCCUCCAUUGUUUCAUCUUCGGGCUCUUUCUCUUCCACCUAUCCGUCGUUUUGCAAAUUAUCUCCUGAUUGUAUUUGGUAUACUUUGUAUGAUUUGGGUUGCAGGCUCUACUUUAAGUCAAUGGAAUUCUGCCGAAAUCAUUGAUCCAGUAAAACAAUGUAUUAGUCAUAGAUCAUAGUUAUUAGUAUUAUUCUCAAUAUCAUCAUCAUUAUUAUCAUCAUCAUUUAUUUCUUACCCCAUAGUAUCAUUACCUGAACAAUAUAUACAUAUAUCAUACCCUCUCUUUAGUUUGUUAUUUUUAUCUCUCACACACAUAUAUACACACGCUUUUUUUUUUUUUUGAAGAUAAUAAAAAAAAGUUACACGAGAAAUGUCAAAUUGUUAUAAUAAAGGUAAGAAGACAGAUAUUUG